AUUUUUAUAAAUAUUGUUCUGCUCACACAAAAGUCUACAUUCCCCACUACUUCCAAUGAAAUUCCAUCCGGAGGAAGCUGUCCAACUGGUGAAGGCAUUUGCGAGAUUCGAAUGCAAUGCCCCACACAGACGACACAUUUCCGGAAGGCAGUUCUUGUUGUCCUAUUGACAUUGUUUCCUCAAAUAAAGUCAUCCUGCGCGGCUAUGCUUCUAAGGCGAAUAAGGAUGUCGAAGCGGUGGAGGAGCUAGAAGAGAUACAGGAGAUGAAUGAUGAGCUAAGGGAUUUGUUCAUCAAUACAACUGCCAUCAAUUGCUCGUCCCUUUCUGAACUAAAAAUCCAGACUGACGCUUUCAACACCCUUAAAGAGCGUACACUAUUCUCAUUGGGAUACUCGACAGCCGGGCUUUUAAAGAAAUCAAAAAUCAGUAAGGUUCUAAAAGGGAAGGUCAAUUUGUACCAACAGAUUGUGAGCCUUGUAAAGCAACGUACAAAGACCAAUUCAGAGAUCACCAUAGGAAAGACAAGUCAUCCCGUGCACCUGAUGGUCUUACAGAGCUUUUCGCGAAUGUUUCGCGAUAUGGGCAAUGACCUGAGCGUGGCCCUGCCCGAAAAGAUGAUUACGCCACGCUCCUUUGGCCUAAUCUACGAAUGGAUGAUCGAGGACACGCCAGUCUUGCCGCGACUCGGUCUCCUAGAGGUUUUCCACGCUGCCAAAUUUAUGGAGAUUCCACAGUUGGUCAGGCAGUGCAAGUAUUGCCUCGAUCAUGGAUUCACUGAGGACUCCGCUGCGAUGCUGUACUUUGAGGCGAAAAUACUGAAACUUGAGGUUAUCCAUUUGCAAUAUCUUGAGCGCGUCUCAAAGUUUUUUCUCACGCUGGUGGCAUCGAAAGAGUUUUUGAGACUGCCGCUGAAAUCAAUGCUAUUGCUCAUCCAAUCGGAUCUGAUAGGCGUGAAUACGGAGCUGGAGGUCUUCAUGGCAGCCGCUCGGUGGCUAAGCCACCACUGGCCUCAAAGAGAGGAAAACGUAACGGAUGUUGUAUCCAGCAUACGUUUUGGACUAAUCCCGCCGUGGUUGCUCAUCCGUUUACAGAAACCGGAUGUCACAUCUGUGGGGGUGGGGAGAAUCGUAGCGCAGCCAAUUGUGCGCCAAGCCAUUCAUGAAGGCAUCGCGUACACGACCACGCGGAUGUUUUAUGGAAAAGAUCGGGAGGCUUUUAAGCACUAUUUGCAUAAGGCUUGCGUAAAGCCACCCGUGCAACGCACUUGGAUAUACGACCGGAAAUGUCCGUAUCAUCAUCGAAUGCAAUGCAGGAACACGGUGGACUUAACCUACGACGCGUUCCUUGAAUAUCUUAAUUACACGCAACGCCAGCACCGGGAUUAUUGGAAAUCUCUGGAACCAGUAGAUGCUAGCAAUGUUUGCUUCAGUUGCCAGGCAAAGAAGUCUGAUUUAACUAAGCCCAACAGUUGAGUCUCCACGUUGGUUGUAGAACUUGUAAAAUAUAUAUUUCUACUUAUAUAUGU